AGUAUUAUAUAAAGGAGAUUAAUAUGCUUCGAUGUUUGUUAAUCACUCGACCAAGACCCAUUUUCGGAUUAUUAAUAAUAAAUAACGUUAGUGGUGAACGGUUCGAGAGACCGGCAAAGGUCAGGACGAUGAUGAUGGAAGAAAGGACGUUUCUCAUUGCUCACAGAAACAAAAGCGGGUAUCAUUCCGUCGUUUCCAAGCAACGAGGAAGUAGCCACGCAACGACAAGUACCAGCGGCAGAGAAAAUCCUAAGGAUAACAGCAGCAGUACGAGCGAUUACGAUACGGCGGACAGCAAUAGUAAAUCAAGAAGCAACAACACCAUGUCCGAGAUGCACAGGGACAGACUCGGUCAAUGGGCUGAUGGGGAUAAGGGAUGCACGUCGAGGACGAGCGGUCUCGACAGGCUGCGCGAUCCUGGACUAAACAAGGGUAUGGCUUUUACCAUGGAGGAAAGGCAAACUUUGGGUAUCCAGGGAUUCCUUCCUCCCAGGGUUAAGACUCAGGAGCAGCAAUUGGAGCAUUGCAGGAUGUGCAUGGAGCGUCUCGACGACGAUUUGAACAAGUACCUCUUCCUCAUGGAGCUUCUGGACCGUAACGAGAAGUUGUUCUUCAGGUUGAUCUCUGAAAAUGUCGACAAGAUGAUGCCUCUUGUGUACACCCCGGUUGUGGGUUUAGCCUGCCAGAAGUUCGGUUUGGUUUACAGAAGACCCAGAGGAUUGUUCAUUACGAUUCACGAUAAGGGACACGUUUACGAUAUCAUGAGGAAUUGGCCCGAAAGCGAUGUGCGUGCCAUCGUCGUUACAGACGGUGAGAGGAUCCUGGGUUUGGGUGAUUUGGGAGCGUACGGUAUGGGAAUUCCUGUAGGAAAGUUGGCUCUGUACACUGCGUUGGCCGGUAUCAAACCACAUCAAUGCCUUCCGAUCACUUUGGACGUGGGCACAAAUACUCAAACUCUGCUCGACGAUCCUCUGUACAUUGGAUUGAAGCAGAACAGAGUGCGCGGACCAGAGUACGAUGAUUUCAUCGAGGAGUUCAUGAAGGCUGCCGUGCAGCGUUUCGGUCAGAACACUCUGAUCCAAUUCGAAGAUUUUGGUAACGCGAAUGCGUUCAGGCUUUUGGAUAAAUACCGUGACGGUUACUGCACCUUCAACGAUGAUAUUCAAGGCACGGCUUGCGUCGCAGUGGCUGGACUCUUGGCUUCUCUGAAGAUCACCAAGAAGCGUCUCUCCGAUAACGUUAUCGUGUUCCAAGGCGCCGGUGAAGCCGCUCUUGGAAUCGCCGGUCUCUGCGUUAUGGCUAUGAAAACGGAGGGAACCAGCGAAGCUGAUGCUAAGAGCAAGAUCUGGAUGGUCGACUCGAAGGGUCUCAUUGUUAAGGAUAGGCCGGAAGGUGGCAUCACCGAGCAUAAAUUGCAUUACGCCCAGAAUCACGCUCCCAUUCACACUCUCACCGAAGUCGUGAAGACUGUUAAACCUUCCAUCAUCAUCGGUGCUGCGGCUAUCGGCGGUGCUUUCACCACCGAAAUCCUCCAGGAGAUGGGCAAGAACAACGAUAAACCCAUCAUCUUCGCUCUCAGCAAUCCGACGAGCAAGGCCGAAUGCACAGCAGAGCAAGCUUACAUCAACACCGACGGUAAAUGCGUCUUUGCCAGCGGUUCUCCCUUCGAUCCGGUCACCUACAACGGUCAAACAUUCCAUCCGGGUCAAGGAAACAACUCGUACAUUUUCCCAGGAAUCGCGCUCGGCGUCAUCUGCGCCGGAGUUCGCACCAUCCCAGAGGAGAUUUUCCUCAGUGCCGCACAGGCUCUAGCAAACAUCGUUUGCGAAAAUGAUUUGGAAAUGGGCAGAUUGUACCCACCACUACAGCACAUUCAAGAAUGUUCCGUGAAAAUCGCUGUGAACGUAGCUGAAAACGCUUAUAAAACUGGUCUUGCAACUGUUUACCCGAAACCGGAGAAUCUGGAGGCCUUCAUCAGGGCGCAGAUGUACAACACCAGUUACGCAUCUGCUAUACCGCAGACCUACAAAUAUCCGGCAAAUUUGUAAAUAUCAAAAGAAUUCAUUACCUUAUAUAUAUAUUUUUUUUUGUGUAUAUGCGUAGGAAAUGUUUUGUGCGGCGGCCAACAAAAUUAUUGUGUUCGCCGCUGCUGUGGAAAUAUAUGAUGUCCGAUUGUAACAAUAAUAAUAAUAAUAACGGCAAACAAAUAGAACAAAUUAUCAUGCAAAAACAAGAAAUAAUAGCUUUCUUUUAAUAAUAUCAACUUGUUUGCUUCAGUUUUUGUUAUCUUCUUGCAGGAGGACAUCGUCAUAGUUAAUUGAUAUAUUUUAUAUUUAUUUAUUAAACUUUGUAUUAUA